AUGAAAUAUGGGCGAUACUAUCGUUUUACGAGGGCGUUCUUCUUCAAUUCUUCCAUUUGGAAAUGCUUCAUCCUUUUCUUUACACCCAAAUUCGAAAUAUUUCUGCAACGGGCUUUUCUGUCUUCACCGAACUUAUGA